ACAGCUGUCACUAGACAUUGGAUGGUGUGAACACAUGACUUGUACAUCAGCUUAGGCAAAGCAAAAACUGGCAUUGCUCUGGCACUUUAUACUUGAAGAAAAUUUUGUAUUUCUCAUCUUUUUUUGAAUACAGGUCACUAAGGCAUCAACAUGUCCAGCAAAAGAGCAAAGGCAAAGACCGCAAAGAAGCGCCCUCAGCGUGCAACUUCCAAUGUGUUUGCAAUGUUUGAUCAGUCUCAAAUCCAAGAAUUCAAAGAGGCUUUCAACAUGAUAGACCAAAACCGUGAUGGCUUCAUUGACAAGGAAGAUCUGCAUGAUAUGUUGGCUUCUCUCGGAAAGAACCCUACAGAUGAGUAUCUAGAAGGAAUGAUGAAUGAAGCUCCUGGUCCCAUUAACUUCACCAUGUUCCUGACUAUGUUUGGUGAGAAACUAAAUGGCACAGAUCCCGAAGAUGUCAUUCGAAAUGCUUUCGCUUGCUUUGAUGAAGAAGGAACAGGCUUCAUCCAUGAAGACCACCUGCGUGAGCUGCUGACCACAAUGGGAGACAGGUUCACAGAUGAGGAAGUUGAUGAACUUUUCCGAGAAGCACCAAUUGACAAGAAAAGCAAUUUCAACUAUGUGGAAUUCACCCGCAUUCUGAAGCAUGGUGCCAAGGAUAAGGACGAUUAAAUUUACAUAUUGUAGCUGCUUUUAAUCUCACCAUGUUUCAUUUAUAGCACACACCAUGCACCACAAAGCAAUCCAUUUACAUUAAGUAGCAACUUUGUUUUCUCAAUGUUUUGUAUGAACUUUUAAGAGGGUUUAGGCUGAUAGCACAUUGUAUGAAUGUUGGAAAAUGUGGCAAUCUAAUAGGAUGAAAACAAUUUAAAAUAUGUGAGCAUCCUGUUGACCUUACACAUAAAUUGUUUUGAUAACUGAUUAUUCUUCAUGAAGAAUAAUAAUGGAAAUUCCUGAAAAGCAAUAGAGUGAAAAGAGUUCUGACCAAAUAUUUUACAACAAAAAGCAAUAACAUGAUUCUAACAGUAUCUAUGACAAGAUUCGGUACUUAUGUUUUAUAUGGAACUUUGUACUUUUCCUGAGUAUUAUGUGUUGUAAUAAAGGCUCCAUUACUCUU